AUGAAUAAGAAAAGAAAAGAAACAAUGAUCGAUAAGCUGCAUGAGGAUUGUCUCAUAUCCAUAUUUCAGAAAUUGGAUUUCAUUGAUCGUGUUCGCCUUGAAGUCGUAUGUCAUAAAUGGUUCGAAAUACUACAGAAGCAAGCAAGCUAUGCAAACAUUAAAGAAUUGAACAUGGCCGAUUUUUUAGCAAAUGAUUCCAGCAGUUAUUUUCAGCAGGAGUUUAUUUCAUUCGCGCCAACAGUUAUUGGAGUAGUGAAACGUUGCGGGCGAUAUGUUCGGACGAUCAGUUUUGGUCAACGGUGGCUCAAAAUUUCACAGCCUAUUAUUGACGCUAUUGCCGAUUAUUGCACUCGCUUAACAGAACUUGACCUCGGUUGUAUUAUUCUGGAUGCUGAUAUAUCUAUCUUAUUGGAGAAGAUUGGCGAGAAUCUGGAAGUAUUUUCACUGGAAGAAACUAGUUGGGUGAAUAAAGAUGACGGUGAUAAGGUGCAAGAUUUCUUCCAACGAAUGAAAAAAUUAAAGAAAAUUAACCUCAGACGAGCUUCAUUUAAACUGAACAAACUUCACGAGCUUUCUCCUUGCCUCAAGAGCAUAGAGAUCAGUGGGACGAACUCACUUCCAGCAGAUAUUUUAAACGCAUUUCUCGCUCUACAUCCAAACCUAACUGAAUUGGAAUUAUGUCCACUGUCAGUAACAGAUGAUAUGACUUUAUCAUACAUCAGUGGUCUACCAGCAUUACAAUCUCUUCAUAUAGGAUAUAUACAGAAAGAAGCACAAGUUUUUCCAAUGGAACCAUUAGCUUUUCGCAAUACUAUUCAAGAUCUACAUAUUCAGGCAAGUAAUAACUGUACUGCCCUAACUGGACAAAGUCUACAAUUAAUAUUGGAAGGAUUAGUGAACUUGCGGUCGCUGACAAUUAUAAGCUGUUCGAAAGUGUUUGAUUACUCGUCGUUAUCACAGUGCCGUCAGCUAGAUUCAUUGAGUAUUGGACAUUCGCCCCAUCUUUCCGAUGAGGAGCUAAUUCAGCUAGCCGCUCGCAAGAAGCUCCACUCACUGACACUCAAUAAGUGCUUCAAUAUCACCAAUAACUCCAUACUAACCAUGAUCAGAGAUUGCACACUCAAUAAUAUCGCACUCAUAAACUGCGAUGAAAUAACGGAUGAAGUGCUUUACUCGUUAGCAUCAGUUCAGUAUGUCAUUGAAACGAUUUCAGUACAAGGAUGUCCUUGCAUUACCAGCAAAGGUGUAGCGGCUCUUGCACUAAUGAAAAAUAUUACAAAACUACGAGAACUCGAUAUUAGUCAUAAUAGGAACAUUGACGACAUGGCAAUAUUGUCAAUUCACAACGGACUUAAAUUAAAAAAGAGAGAAAGUGAAGAAAAUUGUGGAAAUGGGGAUAAGGAAAAUGAGAUACAGCCUCAGACUUCUUCUGACCUGCUAACAAUUUAUAUAUUCAAAACAAGCGUUUCGUUCCGGAUCGAAUCUCAUGUGAGCGAUCUGAUCAAUUUAUCGAACUAA